AUGGUCAAGAUGUUUCGAUCAAAGUUGAAAGCAAAGAUCGAAGACCCCGAAGAAUGCCGCAAUAACCUCUCCCACUUGAAACGCAAUGUCCCGUUGUGGCGCCAGCUUAAAAAAAAGAUGUUUCGAUCAAAGUUGAAAUCGAAAAUCGCAUACCCCGAAAACCGCAGCGAGAUUGGCUACCAGGUGAAACGCGGCUCUCCGCUACUCAAACUGGGUGUCUGGAUGCUGGCCUUCUUUGUAUACGUGGUGUCAAUACGCAUCAUCGUUGUUCGGCAUGGUUUCGAUUGUGAAGUCAAAGAGACGGAACUAGGCCGCGAUUACGGUUUCCUGGAUUCCCUCGUGGGUUGGACAUUUUGCAUUGUUGCGGCGGGGGCGACGUUUUUGGUAGGACAGGGCUACUUUGGGCUGCGUGCUACAAGAGACAUAAUGGAACGCGUUCAGCAUUCAGCUACAACGUUGGCCUAUGUCCUUCUCAAGACGGUACGAAUGCCGGACGGCGGUCACUCGCACGGUCAUCUACCACUUGUGGUCUAUGAAUGCUUGGCGCUGCUGACGGCGUAUCCCGUCGCGCUCUUGCACAAAGUCCGAGGAAACUGCCACGAGCCGGCGGUGACGAGAUACUGCCAGCAAAUUGCCUCCAACUUGAAGGCGCUACGGGAUGGCGAAAUAGUCAUCGUCAGGCCGCCAAAUGAGACGAGCUGGCGUGGUGGCCCUGGCCAACCUGAUCGAUUCGAAUUCUUUUUUGAGCUGUUUUCUCUGCACUUGGAAGAAGAAUUCAGCGAUUAUUGGAGAAAAUCGACAUUGCCCUCGAUGAUGCCGGAACACAUCAUCUGCCAGCUUCGCGAUCAUUUCGAAAACCUUAUCGACAGCCACCGUCUCGACCCCAGCCUCGCCCCUCAUGCCCGAGAAAAUAUUGACAUGUUGGCCCUCAGCGGGAAACAAUGCAGAAUAUACGCUGGCUGCGAUGUGAUUCCCAUCUGCACGCUUUGGAUCAUCGACAUUUGCUGCCGGAUGGUUGUGCUCUUUGUGCCUGUGCGGCGCUGCUCCUGGCUGGUCAAAACGGUUGGCCUGGACCUUCUUGUCCGUAUCGUGCUCAUCGUGGUGGCGUCGACCAUGGCCAUGUUGCUCCUCGCCGAGAUGUGGUCAUUCUGGGAUCCGUUUGGCAAGGGCAUGAGUACGUUUUCGUGGACGCUGGGCCUCGCUUCGGAACUUGACAAUAUGCUGAGUGAAUUCUGGGAGAGAGAGACGGAGCGUAGGCAACAUUUCAUGGAUCCCUCCUCCGUGUCAUGUUCAACGGUGACGAUGACAACGACGACAAUGACAACGACAACAAUGACAAGGACAACGGGGAGCGAGAGAGAGGGAAGCACAAGUAGCAGUAGCAAUGAGACGAAUAAUGUUCACGGCUAA